AUGGAUUAUUCAUUGGAAAAUCACAAGGCAUUCAUUGGCAAACCCGCCUCUGAGCUGCCCACUCCAGCCUUUGUCGUCAGAUUACCUGUGCUAAAAAAUAACAUAAAAAAACUUCAUCGCGAUGUGGAGGAUUUAGGAAUAUCGUUUAGGCCUCACGUAAAAACACUCAAGUCCAUCGAGGUCACAAGAUUAAUGCUUGGAGAAGGCAAAUAUAGAUCUAUUAUCGCGUCAACAUUAGCCGAAAUUAGAGGUGCGCUUCCCCUGGUUCAGGAGGGCAUCUUGGAUGAGUGUCUUUACGGCCUACCCAUCUACCAGGGUAUUCUCCCCCAGCUAGUUGAGUUGAGAAAGUCAGUUCGCAUUCUCCUCAUGGUCGACAAUGAACAGCAAAUCACUCACCUCGAGAAAACCAUUGGCCAAAACCCUUGGGACAUCUUCAUCAAGAUUGAUGUUGGCUCUCACCGGGCUGGUGUGCUCACUGCCAGCCCCGCCCUCCAACGUCUGAUCCAACGCGCCGAGGCAUCGCCGGCCGUCAACAUCUACGGCAUUUACUGCCAUGCGGGACAUUCGUACGGCGGUCGAUCGCGCAACGAUGCUGAAAGCUUGCUGCAAGUUGAAAUCUCCAGUGUUCUUGAAACUGCAAAGCUUCUUCCUGUCAACCGAGGCGUUGUCGUCUCCAUUGGCUCAACACCAACUGCGCAUGUAGUGAAGAGCCUGAGAACCGCUGUACCGGCCAAUGUGAAGCUGGAAUUGCAUGCAGGGAAUUUCCCGUGCAACGAUCUCCAGCAAAUGUCUACUGGUCUUGUCACUGAAAGCGACCAGGCCUGUUACGUGGCGACAGAAGUCUGUAGCGUUUAUCCGGAAAGAAAUGAAGCUCUCGUAAAUGCCGGCGUGAUCGCUCUAUCCCGAGAAUCGAGCGCUUACUCGGGGUUUGGACGAGUGGUAGGCCAUCCUGCCUGGGGCGUGGCGAGGCUGUCGCAGGAACAUGGUAUUUUGGGAACCGAGGACAAGGAUCAAACAGUGAAUGAUGUGUUCAAGGUCGGAGAGCGGGUGGACUUGUAUUGCAAUCAUGUGUGCAUAACAGCAGCGGCGUUUUUCGUGUUCUAUGUUGUGGACGAGAACAACGUUGUGAGAGAUGCUUGGCUUCCUUGGAAGGGCUGGUAA